AUGUAUCAUUCACCGACAAAUGAAAAUUAUUUACAAGAAAAAACAGCAACAAUAAGAAACAAUAAUAAUGAUCAACAAUCUUAUACAAAAAUGAAUAAUCAUCAAAAUUCGAAUAUUGAUCAACUUCUUCGUCCAUAUGGAAAUUAUAUGUUAUUUAAUCCUUACUUGAAUUCUCAAGUAUCUACCUCAACUACUGAUUCUCCUCAAGUUACUUCAUCUUCUGCGACAAUUGCUAAUACUGCUGCACUCAAUACCGUCUUCAAUCCUCGAUAUCAUCAACAUCUUAAUCAUUUAAAUGAGACAGCAUUUACUCAUACAAAAAUGUUACAAGAAAUUAUUGAAAAACGUAUAGAUUUGUCAUCCUCACGUUCACCAUCGCCUGUAGAACAAUCAUCAAAUGGGAAACAACAAUAUAGUAAAAAGCGAAUAGCUGAUAAAUUAGAAUCAAAUUUUGACAAAAAUAAUAAUUUUACAACAGAAGAAUCAAAUGAAUAUUUAUCAUUAGCAGAAGAUGAUAUAAAAUCAGAUAAAUCAACAACAAAAUAUCAUUGUCGAAAUCGUAUGCAACGUCAUAAUAGUGCUCAUGAUCAUACAUCAUCUCAUAGUUCACAACAAUCAUCUCCAUCAACAUCAGGUACAACACACAAACGUUCUUAUGAUACAGAAGAAAGUGAUUGUAAUUCACCAAAGCGUCGUCGAAAACAACCCAAACCACAACAUGUAGCAACCGACGAUGAAAAUAAUAGUAUAGCCCAAAAAACUGCUAUUAAAUCUAUUGGAAAUAAUAUUGUUGACGAACAAUUAAAUAAUAAUGAUGUUUAUCAUCCACCAAGUAUUGAUGGUGAAGAAAUAGAAGAGGAAAAUGGUGAGAUUGAACACUAUGGUCAUGUUAAAAAGGGCAAUAAUGGAGUAGUUCAAGAAUGUAACAACCAACAAGAAGAACAAGAAUUGCAAAAAAACGAGAAAGUGAUGAAAAAUACACCAACUUUAAUACCAUCAGCAACAUCGGCACCAUUUUUGGCCUAUAUUCACGAUUUAACAAGAGGAAAUAAUAUUAGUUCACCACUGAGUAUACCAAAAUUUCUUGAAAAUUUACAGAAAGAAUUGUUUACUGCUAUUAACAAUGCCAUUGGACAUACAUUUCAAAAACUUUUUGAAUUAACAUCUCAGAAUCUCUCUCAAGAUGAUCUCAAUAAACCCAGUGUUUCUGUGCCUCCACCUCCUCCACCAUCACAACAACCAUUAACCAAUGAACAUCGUACAUCAUCAUCUGAAACAAAAACCAUAAAUCAUUCAACUCUAGUACCAUCAGCUCAUCGUGUAGUUGCAUCAUCUUCUCGACAAGAUGAACAGGAAAAACAGCAGCAUUCAAAUGGUUCAACUACAAUGCCACCAUCAUUUCGUUUGCCCGAUCGUCCAGCUGUGCUUCGACCAUCAUUGCCACAAUUAUAUUCUCAUCCACUAGGACAUCAAGCUGUAGCGGCUGCUCUUCAUCAGCAUCCUUACUUUUCUCAAAUGUUAUUUACAAAUUCGUUUAUUAAUCAUUUUCCACAGAUACCUCCAAUGAUGCGUUUUAUGGGGAAUGGAACACAAACACAAGUGGCAGGAGUAUCAACAACGAAUCCACCACUCAUUCCACAUCAUCAAUUAGACGAACAUGCUGUUGAGCAUUUUGGUUUCAAUUUAACACCAAAAAAGCGACGUACAAAAUGUCAUCUAAUAGAUCAAAUAAAAAUUGAAGAAUAUCAAAAAUCACCAGAAUCAUCGUCAUCAACAAACAAUAUGUUAAUAAAUUCGACAAAUUUAUAUUUUGAAAAUGGUCUAGAAUCAACCGACGCAUUUUCACCAAGAGAUGAACAUACAUCUUCGAAUUUAUCAAGUAAUUCGCCUGGUGAUAAUGAUCCAAAUAGCGAUGAAGCUUUAUUGGAAUACAAUGGUUUUCAAAUAUCCUUUUUUUCUAAUUAUUUAAGGGACUAUUUUUGUUUUCAAGAAGCAGUAUUAACAUCAUUACAUUUGAGAAAAGCAAAAUUAAUGUUUUUUUAUACGAGAUAUCCCAGUUCAUCAAUAUUAAAAGUUUAUUUUCCGGAUGUAAGAUUUAAUAAAUUAAUCACAGCACAGUUAGUCAAAUGGUUCAGUAAUUUUCGUGAAUUUUUUUAUAUUCAAAUUGAAAAAUAUGCUCGACAAUAUUUAGCUGAAGGUGUAGAAAAUGUUGAUGGUUUAGUGAUUUCAACUGAUUCAGAUUUAUAUCGAAUAUUAAAUUUACAUUAUAAUAGAAAUAAUCAACUUGAUGUACCAAAUAGUUUUUGUGAUGUUGUUGAAGCCACAUUAAAAGAAUUUUAUCAUGCCAUUCAACAACAAAAAGAUAUUGAACCAUCAUGGAAAAAGACAAUAUAUAAAAUAAUUGCUCGAAUGGAUGAUCAAAUACCAGAUUAUUUUAAAGAUGAACAUUGGAUUCAAACAAUUCAAUAA